AUGGCUUGGAAGCUCUCCGAUCCUGAGGAAUCUGUGUCAUUUCUUCUUGAUAGUGUGUCCAAUACCCUGAACACCGAAAGCGAGCGGGAAUUUGUCUGGAAACUGAGAUGGACGAACUGCUCCACACCGGCCAAUGGCACUACUUCCCACGACGAACACGGGCUGGUCGAAGAGCGGGAUUUUGCCUGGAGGCCGUCUUGGACCGGCAGGUCCAUCUACUUCACUACGAAAAGGGGAGGCACUCAGUCCAAUCUCACUGCUCGGAGCAUUGGUGACAAGUGUGAUGAUGAUGCCCAGACUCUUGCUUUCAAUGUCACAAAGACUCUGAAAGCUCCAGGGGGUUCUCUGGAAGGCAAAACAUGCGCCGUGCUCGUGAGUCCGCCGCCCACUCCUGCUCCUUGCAAGGCUAGCGUGGCGCCUGCGGCUGCUUCGAGUAUCUCGUCUGCUCUCACUGCGAGGCAAAGCACUGCUGCUACCCCUGUCAUAAGCUGUCCAGCCAAGAGUGGCGGGGUUGCUAUCAGUGAGGCGAAUUCUCAGUUGAAAUGGUGGGCUGCUGGCCUUGUUUUGCUCGUUGGAAAGUCCAUUGUUUAG